AGCCAUCCAAACAGACUGCUGAGCUUCAGGAGGAAGAUUCUUCCUUCCCUCCCCUGGGCCCCCUAGCAUGAGGGAUCUAUUGAACCCCACAAACCAGGCCUUCUGGGGGGAGCGGGUAAGGAAGGAGGUGGUUACUCGGGCCACCUGGAAUGCCCGCUAUGGACACAAGUACCUGAAAGAGGGGUCCAAGAUCAGGAAUCAGUCCCAGAAGAUCCCCUUUGGGUCAGUCUUGAAAGCAGGCCCUGUGCCUUCCACAGGCUCCCCUGUCAGAAAAGAGGUACAAGUAGGAUGGCGAGAGAGCAGCGGGUUCCAGGGAAGCAGACCGAGGCAAGCCAGAAGAGGUCUUCAGUACACAGCGGUAGAGGGCAGGCCAGAAGACUUAGAAAUGAAGCCUCCCGCCCCAGCCACUCUGAAGCUGCUCUUCGAAGGCAUCUCCCGUGAUGGCCAGGGCCGGACCCUGUACCUCAAGGAGCGGCAUCAAGUGAUACCAGAGAAGAAGUACAAAUACCCGAUGGUGUCUUCCUGGGAGUAUGGCUGGCAUGUGGGGGAUUUCAUGAAGGACUACAGGACACCGGCUCAUGCCAAAACUCAUCCCAUCACAAAGUCAUUUUACAUCAAAAAUGGCGUUUUCCCUAACCCUCGGCGAUCAGAUGACAUCAUGUGACUUGACUUGGAAAAGGCCUCAGCGGCUCCUUUCCCCCUGUCAUCCAUCUGGACCAGCCAGAUGGGAGAGAUUUCGGCCCAGCCCUACCUCACUCCAUGUUCUGCUGAGCCCCGCCUCCUUGAGUGAGAUGGACCUGAAGAAGUGACCACGGGCAUACACCUCUGGGGUGUACUGUCAUCCUAUGUUGGGGCUCCUGUCUACACACAGAGAACUCCGCUGCUUGCAAAGCUGCCGCGUCCUACCAUCCGUCACUAGCAAUGCUGUUUCUUUUCCUGGGGUGAUCCAAUGCUGCAUGAGCAGGCCUGGACAGAGGAGGCGCUUGUGAGCCUGCAAGGUACGUAGGCAAGCACCAAUCUCUUAGGCUAUUCUUCUGCAUUAGACUGAUGGAAUCUACAGCAGAGUUGCUCUGUCCCGGUGUGUCCUACAAUUCAGGGAAGAACUUGCCAUCUCCUCUGGCUGCUUCCCUCACCCCUCAGAGCCUGCAUCGUUCAGAGGUGCUCUGCUUCACAUGCUGCAACAAGCAGCUCCUAAGUCCCAACUCCUAAACAAAUAAACAUAACAUGUUUUUUCUCUUCCCCACA